AGAAGGUGAGGAGGAAAGGCGUGGCAGAAAGUGUCACAGAACUCCAAGAUGUCCAACAUAAAACUAAUCAAGAAAAUAGGUCAGGGAGCCUUCGGAACAGUCUACUUGGGAGACAGGAGAGGGAGGAAAUGUGCCGUGAAGGUGGUGAAGUUCGGGGGAGUUCCCAGAAGAUCGUUGAUGACGCAAUCAAGGAGGGGAAAUUGCUCGAACAUCUGCAGCAUCCAAACAUCGUCACUUGUUUAGGAUGUUAUGGUGCGGGGAACAAUGCAAUAUCCGAGAUCCACAUUGUCAUGGAAUAUUGUGGAGGCGGAGACCUGCACGCCAACAUCAAGCAGCAAAGGGCUUCGGGACAACACUUCCCUGAAAGACAAGUCAUCGGGUGGUUUUUGGACGUCGUCAGGGCUGUUGAGUAUCUCCACUCGAAGGACGUCAUCCACAGGGACAUCAAACCCCUGAAUAUCCUGAAACACGAAGAGGGAACCAUCAAACUUGGGGAUUUCGGACUCGCCAAGAUAAUUCGGUCCAAGAAAGAUAUCCAGGCUUCUGUUGUGGGAACCGUCAUUUAUGCAAGUCCAGAACUUCACCUAAGGUCUGUGUGUGAUGCCAGAGGGGAUAUGUGGUCGCUGGGGUGCACUCUCUAUGAACUGUGCAAGUUAGAACCAGCCUUUAGGAAUGCCUCAGAGAUGCUGAGAUUCAUACAGAAGCGUGGAACUUUAAGACCGCUGCCCAGCUCAUACUCGGGCAAGACAAAUGACCUCAUCAACGCCCUCCUCCAAGCCUACCCAAACGAGCGUCCUACUGCCGCAAGAGUCAAGAAAAUCCUGGAGGAUCCUUCAGCGGGAUCCUGCGACCCGAGAAUGGUUCCCCCUGAAGCAAAGAGACAGGUUCUGGAGUCUCACUGUGACAAAGGGCGCGUUGGAAAUGUUCCCAAGGACCUAAGAAAAGGUCUUCUUGGAGCAAAGAGACAGGUUCUGGAGUCUCACUGUGACAAAGGGCGCUUCGGCAAUGUUCUCAAUGAAGAUCAAAUCCGUCAAAGAGGACCUGGUCACCCACUGUCGCCUCAGGAAGUCGGAAAGCGGCUGGUGGUGAUCAUGGGGUCUCCGUUACCGCCUGGUCAGACUAUUGAUAUUAAAUGGUAGGAAAACUGACGGCUCAGGCCGAUGCGAGGUGUCUGAAAAUGUGGAAUUGUU